AUGAGUUCACAUAACUUUCAAACCUUGUUGUUCUUUUGUCUUGUUAGUUUCAUUGUUUCUCUUUCUCAUGCACUCAACAAUGGUUUUAGUGUUGAACUCAUCCACCGUGAUUCCGAAAAAUCACCAUUCCUUCCAACCUGUCAAAAACCAAUACCAACCGACAAUCAGAAUAUACGAAUGGCAAUUGUUCUCUCGCAUUACCAUGGCAGGAAUCGAUUUCUUACCGCCAAACUUCAGAACAUAAUUCAACAAUUAUUGGUGGCUGGCGGCAAUAACUCAAUAGAACCGCAGGCAUCCGCAGGAAAAUCAAACAAGAGAGCUCAUCGAAUCCACAAAUACCAGAACUUCUGCAUAAAAAUAAAAGAAUGUGUGAAGACGCCGAAUGCGACAGCUACCCGCUUGUACAACAACUCACAAUCCUUGGGACAUCUUAGCAUGAUUAUUCCUCAGAAAGCUCAUGGCCGCCCCAACCUACAUUUAUUUCAAUAA